AUGGGCAAUGUCUGGACACACAGUGAGAGAGAGAGCAGUGAUUACAUACAUAGGGGAAUGUUAAAUCGACCCUCCGUUCCAAGCCCUCGUCAUCGACCCCCUCCGUUCCCAGCCCUCAUCAUCGACCCCCUCCGUUCCCAGCCCUCAUCAUCGACCCCCUCCGUUCCCAGCCCUCAUCAUCGACCCCCUCCGUUCCCAGCCCUCAUCAUCGACCCCCUCCGUUCCCAGCCCUCAUCAUCGACCCCCUCCGUUCCCAGCCCUCAUCAUCGACCCCCUCCGUUCCCAGCCCUCAUCAUCGACCCCAAAUGA